UUUGCUAGUAUUAAGUCAGCAUAAAAAUGUUUAAUUUGGUAAUAUAAAGAUAGCAUUUUGAAUCUUGUCAGUCAACAUAAAAAAGUUGUCAAUUUGUUACCUUUUUGUUAACAAAAAACCAAUUGCUAUUUGUCAACAAAGCGUUACAAAGUGUUAUCAAAAAGUUACCAUAAUGUUGUCAAAUUGUUACCAUAAAGUUAUCUUUUUGGAAUAUAAAAAAGUUAACUUUUUGCUGGACAUAAGUGCCUUUUUUCAUCGCAAAAUAAAAGCUAACAUUUUUUUUGUUAACUAUUCCGAUACGAAAAAGUUAAUAAUUGGCCACUUGGGUGGUAGUGGCAUUCUCGACCACAAGGCAGCGUCCGCUUAACUGACACUUUACUGAAAAUGAUAACAAACUGAAAUUUUCAACAAUUUCGACUUUACGAUAACUAUACAGACUCAACAAGGAAAAAUAGCCAUCAUUUUAAAAACAAUAACGGUCUAAUUCCGUCAAUAUGAUAUUGCAUAAAUAUAUAGAUUGAGUUACAUUAUUGUUAUUAUAAAUAUUUUUAUAACGUUUUGAGUUUUAAACUAUGCAAAAUAUGAUUCAUGUUAAAUGUCGACAAGAAUUCUAUCCAUUUACUAAAAUUAAAAGAUUUUUAAUACCUGAUGAAAAAGUACCAUGGCAUGUCAAAUUUUUAGACUAUAACCCAUCUUAUUAUACUUCUAAUAACGAAUAUAAUUUAGCGGAUAAAAAUAUUAAUGAUUCAUCAUUUAAGCCCGCAUGGAAUAUGAUGGACGGAAAUAUUAACAGAAAAAGCUUUAUGAAAUCUUAUGUUAUUGACGAUGAAGGAUAUCCAUUAAAUCCAGUUGGUCGUACAGGUAUUAAAGGUAGAGGCAUACUAAGAUAUUGGGGGCCUAACCAUGCUGCAGAUCCAAUAGUUACACGAUGGAAGCGUGAUAGAUUUGGAAAAAUUAUGUCCCAUGAAUUGAGUAGAAAAUGUAUUUUACAAUUCAUUGGAAUCGAAAGACGAGAUACGCGACAAUGGGCUAUACCUGGAGGUAUGGUAGAUCGAAACGAAGUUAUUUCGACAACUUUGAAAAGAGAAUUUAUGGAAGAAGCAUUGAAUACGUUAGAAAAGAAUUCAGAUGAAAUCGAAACUUUCAAAAGGUCAGUUGACCAGUUAUUUUUCGGCGGACAUAAAAUUUAUGAAGGAUAUGUUGAUGAUCCACGAAACACUGAUAAUUCUUGGAUAGAAACUAGUGCUUGCAAUUUUCAUGAUGAAAAUAAUACUGUUGUCGGCAAUCUUCCAUUUGAGGCUGGUGAUGAUGCAGCAAACGUUAAGUGGAUAGACAUUGAUAAAAACUUAGACUUAUAUGCUAGUCAUAUUCAAUUUCUUGAAUUAGUUUCUCAUAAACAUAAUGCACAUUGGUAAUAGAAAAAGCAAUACAUGUAUUCAAAUUUUUGUACGAUUUUAUUAUUUAAUUCAAUUAAUAAUUAUAUUAACCGUAUAAUGUUA